CUUACACAAAUCUUUAUUUGCAAUUUCAUCUCACCUAAACCGGGUCGGGUCGGGUUGUGUCAAGAGACAAUGGCGACGGUCACAACACAAGCCUCGGCGGCGGUUUUCCGACCAUGCGGAUCGAAACCGAGAUUCCUCACGGGUUCGUCAGGUAAAUUGAACCGGGAACUGUUGGUUAAACCGGUCGGUUCUUCCACCAGAACGGCAUCGUAUAAAGUUGAAGCAAAGAAAGGGGAAUGGUUGCCCGGUUUGGCCUCUCCAGCUUACCUCAACGGCAGCCUUGCGGGUGACAACGGGUUUGACCCUCUGGGUCUAGCGGAGGAUCCGGAGAAUCUGAAAUGGUUCGUCCAAGCAGAGCUCGUCAAUGGCCGGUGGGCCAUGCUCGGCGUGGCCGGAAUGCUUCUCCCCGAGGUCUUCACCAAAAUCGGAAUCAUAAAUGCUCCCGAGUGGUACGACGCGGGAAAAGAGGAAUAUUUCGCGUCGUCGUCCACGUUGUUCGUGAUAGAGUUUAUAUUGUUCCAUUACGUGGAGAUAAGGAGGUGGCAGGACAUAAAGAAUCCGGGAAGCGUGAAUCAAGAUCCGAUCUUCAAGCAAUACAGGCUGCCUCCUAACGAAGUAGGUUACCCCGGCGGCAUUUUCAACCCUCUUAACUUCGCCCCGACCCUCGAGGCCAAGGAGAAGGAGCUCGCUAACGGGAGGUUGGCGAUGUUGGCGUUCUUAGGGUUUGUGGUUCAACACAACGUGACGGGGAAAGGGCCGUUCGAGAACCUGUUGCAGCACUUGUCUGACCCAUGGCACUCCACCAUCAUCCAGACAUUCAGGGGCUGAUGACAGACACAAGCCCUUUUUCUUUACGUUUCUUGAAUUUUUUUUUUUAGCAUGAUAUUGGAAUUGGACCGUUGUAGCGCCAUGAAAGAAACAUUUUAAAGCUGUUUGAUGUACAUAGGAACUAUGAUUGAUCAAGAUGGUAAUCCUAUUGUAUCAAGCAUCAUUUUGCUGCUAA